ACCGGAGACGGAGCAAGGGCACCCAAACCAUCCGACUCAUUUACAGCCUUACAGGCGCACAGCCCUUUACCCCCGGCGCGCAAGCGGUUCUCUGCCACCCUCGUCCACGGAAACUCCGUGCGUAAAAGCUCUGGAUUAUUGUCAUUUGAAGGGAAUCGACUGCUGAAAAAAGCAGCCGGCUCGGUCGGUGCGUGGACGCAAAGCAAAGCGAGGGUCUCUCUGUUUCUCUCUCCCUCUCUCUUUCUCUCCCUCCCUCCCUCCCUCUCUGCUGAUCUGUGUGGCUUAUACUGACGCAGCUCCACUCCGGUGAGAGAUUCAGACCUGGAUUUGCUCAGCGGCUCCACGGACGAGACUCGACUCCAGGCAGCAGACCAGAGCGCAAUCCCUUCCUGCAGACGAUCAGACGAUAAGGGAUAAAAAAGAGAAAAGAAAAGCUCCUGGGCGAGUCUGGCCAAGAAGAAGUCCUCUCUGCGCAGUCGGAUCAAGGAUUUUGUGGAUUAAUGCUCUUGGAGACACACGCGCCGAGCUUUGCUUUUCGUUGGAUAAUUUGCAAUAGGGGUUAAUUACACCCCCUUUUCUGCAAAAUAAAACCACAGAAAUAUUAUUCUUUGGCAGUUUUUAUUUGCUGAAAACCCCCUGGUGUGGAUCAGUUUGAAAUUGGAAUUUGUAACACAUCCAGGAGGUUGCAUGCAUGGUUGUAGACGUGCGUGCGCUGCUAUACGUGCAUUAUUAUAGAGUCCACAGCGUCUGAUGGUGAUGGUGGUUUAUCCCCGGAGGAAAAGCUGACUGUCCCGUGAACCCUGGCUGCUUUUCGGAGAUCCUGUCUGCAGGAGAAAGCAGUGGAGACUGGCGCAUGCCACAGAUUUCCUCUGCUUUUCCAGCGCCCGGUUUUUCCACCGUGUUUUUUCAGGCUGCUUGUCAUCGCCUGGACUCGGAUCCCGGUAUCUUCAUGAUUUGCGGACACCAUGCUCGUUUUUUAGCCGGGAAACCCUCUUUUCGUCCCGCAUGUUCAGGACCAAACGAUCGGGGCUCGUCCGGCGACUCUGGAGGAGCCGUGCGCCCGCGGAGGGCGACGGGGAGGCGGAUAGAGGGACACAUGGCCCCGGGGGCUGCUGCAUGGGCAAAGCGACAAAGGUGGGCAAGCCCAACGCCGGGUCGGAGGCUGAAUUGAAGGCGUUGACCCACUCCAUACUGAAGAAGAUCAAAGAAAAACAAUUAGAGGUGCUUUUGCAGGCUGUGGAGUCCAAGGGGGGAGCCCGGAGUCCCUGCUUGCUCCUGCCCAGCAAAGUGGACGCCAAAGUGGGUCAACAGUCUUACUCUCUCCCCAUGCUGCUUUACAAAGUGUUCAGGUGGCCGGACCUCAGGCAUUCCUCGGAGCUGAAGAGGCUGUCUUGCUGUGAAUCCUACGGGAAAAUCAACCCAGAGCUCGUUUGCUGCAACCCGCACCACAUGAGCAGGCUUUGUGAACUCGAAUCUCCUCCUCCUCCAUAUUCACGCUAUCCCAUGGACUAUCUUAAACCACCAGGUGAGCUACAUGUUCCCCCAAAUUCACAUUUAUUUGACUGUCUUUACUAGGAAUGGGUGAUAUUUUACCGUUCACGAUAAACGUCAAAAACAUUCCCCACGGUAAGAAUU